UGUAAAUUGUUUUUCUUCUGUCAAACUUCAAAAUUGCAUUAAAAAUUGGCGUCGUUUAUAAAGUCGAAAUAUAUUAACAAAGUUAAUCCAUAUUCAUCGCUUUCUGUAGUUAUUCUUUUUAACUAAAUUAUAGUAAAAGAUGUCUAUCGGAGUACCAAUUAAAGUUCUUCACGAAGCUGAGGGUCAUAUUGUAACCUGUGAAACAAUUACCGGCGAAGUCUACCGGGGCAAACUGAUAGAAGCCGAAGACAAUAUGAAUUGCCAAAUGACUCAAAUCACAGUUACUUAUAGAGACGGCAGAGUGGCUCAGUUAGAAAACGUUUAUAUUCGAGGAUCAAAAAUUCGAUUUUUGAUUUUGCCAGACAUGUUGAAGAAUGCUCCAAUGUUUAAGAAGCAAACAAAAUCGGGAACUUCAGGCAGAGGAAAAACGGGUAUUCUCAGAGCUCAAGCGAGAGGUCGAGGCAGAGGUGGUCCCGCUGCUAGAGGAAGAGCUCAGCAGCCCUGGCAGAACCAGCCAAUGGGCAGAGGACGAUAAAUCUGAUUCCAAUAUUAAGUGUGUGAGUGUUAUAAUGUAAGUGAUGUGGCUAAAGUUAGUGUCUCUUAUGAAACUGUAUCCUUCAUACAAUAUAAUUAUUUUUAAGCAAA